AUGCCGACACCGAUGGCGCCGCCGCGUCGCCGCGUCGGUCCCGCGACGCGGUGCGGGAACGCGAACGAGGGCGGUGUCUUCGCCCCGAUCGUCCGAAUCGCGCGAGACGCGAUCGGGGUGAAGCGGUUCAACCAAAUCAGAGGCAAGGCGAUCUCGCUGCACUCGCAGGUGAUCGGGGACUUUUGCGAGGAGUUCGGCGUGGAUUCAAAGGCGAAGCAAACGCUGAUUCGAACGGCGAAGAAGAACGGGGGGUUAUUGGGGUUCCUAGCGUGA